UAGGGUAUAAAGGUUCUGCUUCCUUUAGUAUACUCCUUAGUUGUCUGGAAUCUACCAAGCAAUUAUAGUGUUUAAUUCUACUAUUAGAAAAAUAGUUAAUUAUUAUCAAAUCUUUAUUUUGUAAUUUACAAUGUCAUAUCUUUUUAAGCUAGCAAAGUGUACAAGAUUGUUGAAUAAACGUAAUACGUAUCGACACGCACAUGGAUUAACGUUGAAUAACUUACAAAAAGAAAAUGUUAGUGAACUUUUUCUGCAAAAAGAUGAAUUUCAAAUUAGACAUAUCGGCCCUCGACAGUAUGAACAAUUGGAAAUGUUAGAAACUAUUGGAUUCAAGAGUUUAGAAGAAUUAACAAACGCUGCGGUCCCAGCAAAAAUUCUUUACAAGGAAGAAUUAAAGAUUGAACAGUCAGUCACUGAAUACGAAUUGUUAAAGAUGAUUACACAGAUUUCGGAAAAGAACGACGUAUGGCGUUCGUAUAUAGGCAUGGGAUAUAAUAAUUGUUGCGUUCCUCACACCAUUAUGAGGAACAUAUUCGAAAAUCCAGGAUGGACAACACAAUAUACUCCAUAUCAACCAGAAAUUUCGCAAGGUAGACUCGAAGGUUUGUUGAAUUACCAAACGAUGAUAUGCGACUUGACUGGGAUGGAAGUAGCCAACGCAUCUCUUCUGGACGAAGGUACUGCGGCGGCCGAAGCUUUGGGUCUUGCUCACAGGAGCAACAAGAGAAAGAAACUGUUCGUUUCUGACAAAGUUCAUCCUCAAACAAUCAGCGUGAUUGCAACGCGUGCUACUUCUUUGGGUCUCGAUCUUGAAAUCGGAGAUAUUUUUCGAGUUGAUACCAGCUCAAAGGACUUUGCUGGUAUCUUAUUCCAAUAUCCUGACACAACUGGAUCUAUCUACGCAUUCGAAGAUGUCGUGAAGAAGGCACACGUAGACGGUACGCUCGUUUGCGUUGCUGCUGAUUUGUUGGCGCUGGCCAUACUCAAGCCUCCAAGUGAAUUUGGAGUUGAUAUAUGCGUUGGUACCAGCCAACGUUUCGGAGUUCCACUUGGAUAUGGAGGACCUCAUGCUGGAUUCUUCGCUUGUCGUCAAAGAUUAGUUCGUUUGAUGCCGGGAAGGAUGAUUGGUGUUACGAAGGACUCGAACGGUCUGGAUGCAUAUCGCCUAGCCCUUCAAACACGCGAGCAGCAUAUCAGAAGAGAUAAAGCUACUAGCAACAUUUGUACUGCACAAGCACUACUGGCAAACAUGUCUGCGAUGUAUGCUGUGUAUCAUGGACCUGAAGGAAUAAGAAAUAUUGCAAACAGGGUACACUUCUUCAGCCUGAUCCUAGCAAAAGGUUUAGAAAAAGCAGGGAAUAAGGUGGUCAAUGAGUACUUUUUUGACACUAUAAGAUUAUUACCUACAGUGCCUUCAAAAAUUAUAAAAGAAAAUGCGACUGCGUUUAAAAUCAAUUUUAGGUAUUACGAGGACGGAGUUGGAAUAUCUCUUGAUGAAACUACUACGGAACAAGAUAUAAAUGAUAUCUUUAAAAUAUUCUGUGCGGAUACAACCGUUGAAGAAAUGUGUAGAGAAGACGUUUGCCUAGAAAGAAAUCUCAAUAAAUCCCAUUUCGCUCGUUCUACGCCGUAUUUGCAACAUCCUGUAUUCAAUAGCCAUCAAUCCGAAACAAGGAUAGUUCGUUACAUGAAGUCCUUAGAGAAUAAGGAUGUAUCUCUCGUACAUAGUAUGAUACCACUGGGAUCCUGUACGAUGAAAUUGAAUUCUACGACGGAGAUGAUGCCCUGUAGCCUACGCGGAUUCACCGAUAUCCAUCCUUUUGUACCUAUUGAACAAACCAAAGGAUAUCAACAGCUAUUUGCUGAACUGGAACGGGAUUUGUGCGCUAUAACUGGUUAUGAUAACAUAAGUUUUCAACCGAAUAGUGGAGCUCAGGGUGAAUACGCCGGUCUAAGAGCUAUACAACGUUAUCAUGAGUCAAAUGAAAACAAGAAUCGACAAGUCUGUUUGAUUCCCAUUUCUGCUCACGGCACUAAUCCUGCUUCUGCUCAAAUGGCCGGUAUGCAGGUGAAGCCUAUCCUCAUACAGAAAGACGGCUCUGUGGAUAUCGUACAUCUUACAGAAAUGAUCGAUAAGUACCGAGAGACAUUGUCUUGUCUGAUGAUAACAUAUCCGUCGACGAACGGCGUAUUUGAGGAGACCGUCGCUGAUAUUUGUGCUAUGGUUCAUGAAGCUGGAGGUCAAGUGUAUCUGGACGGUGCUAACAUGAAUGCUCAAGUUGGUCUAUGUCGUCCUGGUGAUUAUGGCAGUGACGUUUCGCAUCUAAAUUUACACAAAACAUUCUGUAUACCUCAUGGCGGUGGAGGACCUGGAAGUGGUCCUAUUGGAGUGAAACGGCAUCUUGCUCCAUUUCUUCCAUCUCAUCCUGUCAUUAAUUGUUCGGGUAAUGGUCAUAACAACGUAAAACAAACUGGCGCUGUAUCAGCUGCUCCUUUCGGAUCAUCAGCUAUUCUACCAAUUUCAUGGGCCUACAUUAAAAUGAUGGGUCCAAACGGGUUAAGAAAAGCUACUCAAGUUGCUAUUCUAAACGCAAAUUACAUGAGUAAAAGACUGGAAAAGUAUUACAAGACACUAUAUAAAGGAAAGACAGGAUUAGUAGCGCAUGAAUUCAUUUUGGAUAUAAGGGAUUUCAAGAAAACGGCAAAUAUCGAGGCCGUAGAUAUUGCUAAAAGAUUAAUGGAUUAUGGUUUUCAUGCUCCAACAAUGAGCUGGCCCGUAGCGGGUACAUUAAUGAUCGAGCCAACCGAAUCCGAGGACAAAAGAGAAUUGGACAGAUUUUGCGAUGCUUUGAUUCAUAUACGACAAGAAAUUGAUAAUAUAGAAAGUGGUAAAUUAGACAUUAUUAAGAAUCCAUUGAAAAUGGCACCACAUACUCAAGAACAAGUAAUAUCAAGUAAAUGGGAUAGACCAUACUCACGAGAAUUGGCAGCAUUUCCAGCUCCAUUUGUAAAAGGAAGCAACAAAAUUUGGCCGAGUGUUGGAAGGAUAGAUGAUAUAUAUGGAGACAAAAAUCUAUUCUGUACGUGUCCCCCUGUCUUACCACAUGAAUAAGUGAUUGUAGUUAUUUUUCGUGUACAGUUAGUUAUAGAAUUAUUCAAAUGUUUAUUGUAAUUUUUUGUACAAACAUAUUAUUUAUAUAAAACUUCUUACUUUUAUAAGCAGAGAAAA